AAGUCUUAAAAUUGCUCAACUUGAAAAUGAAAAUCAGCAAUUAAAAGAAUAUAUUAAAGCUCUUGAACAUUUUGGAACUAUAUCUUUAUUAUCAAUUAUGAAAUAUCCAUUUAUGAAGACUAUUUCAAGUGAAGAAAAACCUAAAACUCGACUUAAAGCUUUUAAAUUUGGAAGUUUAGUAACUUCUGAAGCUAUUACAAAAGAAUUACAAGAAAAAGAAAAUAUUAAGCAAAAAAAAAUAGAAGAUAUAAAACAAAGAAAAGAACAAAGAGCAAAAAAAAAAGCAAAAAAAGAAUAG